AUCCAGAGCGUUAAAGACUCCGAUCUCACUGCAUCUCUGAUCUGUGGCACUUAUUAAUAGUCUGCUUGAAGCCGAAAGUGUUUACACAGGUGGAGAGUUUGAUUAAAUUAGGCUUUUAGACUGGAUUUAUUUUCCAAAUAGUCAUGUUGGAGAUGCGCGACUGAUCUCUGUACAGCAUCAAGUUUUCCUCCGAGCUUGAACUUCUCAGGAUCUUCACGUUUUCCUUCCUUGGUCAGGUUCGACAUGGUGGACGCGGCGGAAUGCGGAGUCAAAGUGAUGUGCCGAUUCAGGCCACUGAACGAGUCGGAAAUCACCAGAGGAGACAAAUACAUCCCAAAAUUUAAGGGCGAGGACACUGUCGUUAUUUCGGGUAAGCCUUACGUGUUUGAUCGAGUUCUUCCUCCAAACACAAACCAAGAGCUGGUCUACGAUGCCUGUGCUAAGCAGAUCGUUAAAGACGUUCUCAAUGGAUACAACGGAACCAUUUUUGCCUAUGGCCAGACUUCAUCUGGGAAAACCCACACCAUGGAGGGGAACCUUCAUGACUCGGCACGUAAAGGCAUCAUUCCUCGCAUCUCUCAGGACAUCUUUGACCACAUUUACUCCAUGGAUGAGGACCUUGAGUUUCACAUCAAGGUAUCUUACUUUGAGAUUUACUUGGACAAAAUCAGAGAUCUGUUGGAUGUUUCUAAGACCAACCUCGCUGUGCAUGAAGACAAAAACAGGGUACCGUAUGUCAAGGGCUGUACGGAGCGCUUCGUGUCCAGCCCGGAGGAGGUGAUGGACGUCAUCGAUGAAGGCAAAGCCAAUCGUCAUGUCGCUGUCACAAAUAUGAAUGAGCACAGCUCACGCAGCCACAGCAUCUUCCUGAUUAACAUCAAGCAGGAGAACAUGGAGACUGAGAAGAAGCUGAGUGGGAAGCUCUAUCUGGUGGAUCUGGCUGGAAGUGAAAAGGUCAGUAAAACAGGAGCAGAAGGAGCCGUCUUGGAUGAAGCUAAAAAUAUCAAUAAAUCUCUCUCAGCUCUAGGCAACGUCAUCUCAGCACUGGCUGAAGGCACUAAGACACACGUGCCGUACAGAGACAGUAAGAUGACGCGAAUCCUACAGGACUCUCUCGGUGGAAACUGCAGGACCACCAUCAUCAUCUGCUGCUCGCCGUCUGUUUUCAACGAGGCCGAGACCAAAUCUACUCUUAUGUUCGGCCAGAGAGCCAAGACCAUCAAGAACACGGUGUCUGUCAACAUGGAGCUGACAGCCGAGGAGUGGAAGAAGAAGUACGAGAAGGAGAAGGAGAAGAACAGAGGUCUGAAGGUCAUCAUCCAGCGGCUGGAAAAUGAGCUGAAGCGAUGGAGGAGAGGUGAAGCAGUUCCGGUUGAAGAGCAGCAGAAAAGUAAAGAAAUGAAGAACUCAGAAGCCACACCCACAAUUGAAAGUCUAGCUCCGCCUCCUCAACCUCUCCAUGAUACAGAGAAAACCCAGUAUGAAGAGCUGAUCAAUGAGCUCUAUCAGCAGCUUGAUGACAAGGACGAUGAGAUCAAUCAGCAAAGUCAGCUGGCAGAGUCACUGAAACAGCAGAUGGUGGAUCAGGAUGAGCUGUUAGCGUCGACGCGGCACGACUGUGAGAAGCUCCAGGAGGAGUUGAUGCGUCUGCACCGUGAGCACGAGGCAGCCAAAGAGGAGGUGAAGGAGGUGCUCCAAGCGCUGGAAGAACUCGCCGUUAACUACGACCAGAAGAGCCACGAGCUGGAGGAGAAAGGAAGGAGUAACGUCCAGCUCAGCGAUGAGUUAAUACAUAAGAGUACACUUCUAUCCAGCGUAGAGAGGGAUCUGGCCACGCUGCAAGACGUGAAUGGACACCACAAAAAGAGAUCAGCAGAGAUCCUGAGCAUGCUGCUGCGAGACCUCAGUGAGAUCGGCAACGUCAUCGGCACCAGCGACCUUAAGACGUCAGCGGAGGGUCCUGGAGCGAUGGAAGAAGAGUUUACCAUGGCGCGCCUCUACAUCAGCAAGAUGAAGUCAGAGGUGAAGUCGCUGGUAAACCGCAGCAAACAGCUGGAAGGAGCUCAGGCCGAAACGACACGAAAGAUUCAGGCCAACGAGAAAGAGCUCGCAUCCUGCCAACUCCUCAUCUCACAGCUUCAGGCCAAGAUUAAGUCCCUGACCGACUACUUGCAGAACAUGGAGCAGAAGAAGAGACAGCUGGAGGAGAGCCAGGACUCACUGAUGGAAGAGCUGGCUAAACUCCACGCUCAGGAAAAUAUGCAUGAGGUGUCUGUGAUGGACAAGGAGAAGGAGCACAUGAGCCAGAUGAAGGAUGCUGAAGAGAUGAAGACGGCGUUGCAGGAGCAGAUGGAGAGUCACCGCGAGGCCCAUCAGAAACAGCUCUCACGCCUCCGAGACGAGAUUGAUGAGAAGCAGAAAAUUCUGGAUGAGCUGAAAGAUAUGAAUCAGUCUCUUCAGCUGGAGCAGAAAAAGCUCAUGUCUGACUAUGACAAGUUACGACAGGAGGAACAAGAGAAGGAUGAGAAGCUUCAGAAGCUAAUUUUGUUAAAUGAAAAACGGGAACUGGCCAAGGAGGAUCUGAAGGGUCUUGAGGAGACUGUGACAAAGGAACUCCAGAGUCUCCACAAUCUGCGUAAACUCUUCAUCGACGAUCUUAACACACGUGUCAGGACAAAUGUAGAGUUGGACUCGGAGGAGGCAGGAGGCAGCCUGGCUCUGAAACAGAAGAUAAUUUUUCUGGAGAACAAUCUGGAACAGCUCACCAAAGUCCACAAACAGUUGGUGCGUGACAAUGCAGAGCUGCGCUGCGAGCUUCCUAAGCUGGAAAAACGUCUACGAGCCACAGCCGAGCGAGUAAAAUCCCUAGAGUCGUCAUUGAGAGAAGCGAAGGAGAAUGCCAUGAGAGACCGAAAACGCUACCAGCAGGAGGUGGAGAGGAUCAAAGAGGCAGUAAGGGCCAAAAACCAAGCCAGGAGGAGCCACACAGCACAGAUCGCCAAGCCUAUUCGUGCUGGACACCACGCUGGACAUCACGCAGCGGCCUCUGGCUCACCGAGCCAUUCCAUCAGAGGAGGAGGAGCGCAGAACCAAUGGCGUCAUCACCAUCACCAGACUGGGGCGGCGCAGCAGCACCACCAUCAUCACCACAGCAGCAGCAGCAGCGGCAACAACAGCAGCAAAUAAAAGAUGCCAGGAGAAGAACAGCAAGAACAGAAGAACAUGUGCUGGGAUCAUUUGGACUUUCUUUCAGUCUUGAUUUCAUCCAUCCAAAAGGUCAUGUUUUUUGGAGUUCUCUGUCGAAAAACCGACAAAACUGCUGUGAAGCCUCUGGUUACAUUCAGUACCGGAUUUACGUCCUUAUCCUGUGGUGGACUGGUUUUGUACUCUCUCACACACACACACACACACACACACACUCAUUGUGACACUCUGACACAUAAAACUGACUCACAAACACACGUGAAAACAAGGUGCAAUCUGGUACAUUCGACUGAGCACAAUUAGCAUGUGUCCCAAAACCUAGAGGGUUCUUUCCCGCUAGCUACUCAUGUGAUUAGUCUCGUAUGACUCAAAUAAAUCAGCUAAAUCCUUAAAGAAAGCACAGGAAGCUAAUCACAUAGGACCUCUGGCUAUACAGUAUGUUACACCUCACUGAGCUAAUGUCAGAAUGGUUGUUUGCUGCUUAACGUGUUUCUCAGUGGUAAUGCUGCUGCUGCUGCUGUGUGUGUGUGUGUGUGUGUGUGUGUGUGUGUGUGUGUGUGUGUUUUAUGGGUAAUACACACAACAACAUCAUCUAAACACACUUGUGUCUCUUGUACAUUUUCUGAAAAAACUAACUGGACUAGAAUUACAAUGUGUUAUCUUAGUUGUGCCAAACAAUUGACCAAAAAUCCAGAUUGCCAACUGAAAUAAUGGAGUCAUGAGAAUCUUUAACACCCUUAAGUGUAACUUGAGGGCUUUUCCUUGGUUUCUAGAAGUGGCAGCAGCUCAAUGUGUCUUUGGUUUUUAGUUUUUUAUUACCUGGCUGAAGCAUGUAGAGACACAACAGGGAAUGUAGUCUGCUUUAGAACUCACACAGGUCUGAUUAAAUUUUAAAGCAGGAGAUGAUGUCUGUGGUCAUGUGACCCCACGAUCCAGCAGAGAGAGGGAGAGAGAGAGAGAGUGUGUGUGUGUGUGUGUGUGUGAGAGAGAGAGAGAGAGAGAGAGAGAGAGAGUGUGUGUGUGUGUGUGUGUGAGAGAG